UCUUGCCGUGUGUAGACGGCGGCCGGUGUGUCCCGUCUUUACUUUCCCUGUCGCUGCUGUGAUUUUAACGCUUACCUCGAGAAAACUGGCCCGAAAGGAAUACAGAAAUACUUCGCUAGUGGUUGCAUUAUUAGCGAAUUUGUUUGCUUGUGUGUGUGGUCGUCGCUGUAGUCCGCUGUAUCACAUGUUAGUGCGAGGACUUUUUUUUCCCCCACAUCUGUUGCCAUCAUGCCAAGUCCCUUUGAUUUAUUUGGGCCUUUCGAGAAUUCGCUGAGGACAUACCACAAACCUCAGUUCCGAACAAAACCUUGCCCCAACGGUAUCCACAUUCCAGAAAAUUGCACUUGUGAUCCAAAUCAUGAGUGCAGGAGACCCCAUUGUGCCAACGACGUCCCCCUUGAUCCUUUAAGCCGUUUGACCAUCGGCACUCCUUUUGGGCCGAUGACAUCUAUUACAGAGUCUCCUCCAGCGCACAAAUGUCGAUCUACUGGAUGCUCUCCUUCUCCUCCUGCAACUCCUACUAAGGCCCCUAGUGCUUUUUCAUUAGCCAUCAUUGAUCGCCUCUAUUCAACGCGAACUCAUGCUUCUUCAGCCAAGAUGAAAUCAAGUGUAUAUGGACGAGGAGGAGGAGGAGGAGGAGGAGGAGGAAGAGGUUCAUCGCCGAGUGGUCGUGCCCAAGGCAUGGGAGGAGACACCAUCGUACAAGAUUACAUACCUCGAGAUGACGGUUCUUCCGACGACAGCGGAGGGGGGGUUAUAAACAUAGGCCGAAAGGCCGGAACUAGACUCAUCUCCCAGUUGAUCGGAGAUCGAGCCGUUGGUAGCCACGAUCACACUCGAAGGGACGGGGCAUCGCCCUCCCCCACGAGGCGAGCUCACAGUAUUGGGCCUCAUCGUUCGGCAACCACCACCACUAUCGCCUUGGCUAGCUGUCAUAACAGCAGGAGCAGUAAAAGUGAGAUCCGUGGGAGCCGAAAGAAUGGGUAUCCUACUCGCCGUUCUCAAUCCUCUCAUGCUGCUAUUCCCGUGAAGAUGGGGCUCACAGCGAUUCCUGGGGCCAUUUCCAAACAUCAUCACCAUCACCACCAUCGUAAGCGGACAAGUGAAAGCGAUGCUUCCUCUAGCGAAUUUUCAUCUCCGGAGACAUCUCCGGGAUCUACUCCUACAAGUACUCCAUUGUCGACACCAAGGAAAGUCCUGUCCCCCAAGAACAGCGGGGCUCAGCUUCUCCCUGCUAAGACUUGUGCUGCUUCCAAGAGAAGUGCCAAGUGCCCUUAUGCACGGCCUUCGGCCGUAUUUUGUGGAAGUAAUGGUCGUGGAAAAAUCAAACCGACACCACUCAAUAAGAGUGCCAGUGAUGGUGUCGAGCGUUUUCGAACCAGUGUGGGUAUGCGUUCUGUGAAGGGAAGUGAGCAGAUGCCCCUUUCUGCUUACUCCGUGGAAGUAGGUUGUGCCAAGAGGAUCGUGAUCGAUGACAUAUUGACGGAGGAGGUCCGUAGUAAGGUCGCUCGUGUCUCGUCUGAUUCCCGAGUCGACGAACUGCUGGCUCAAGCUCACAUGGCACUGGAAAGUCUCACACCUGAAUCACAGAAUGGUGGUGCUCCUGUGUUGAUUGAUCGAACGUCUUCUUCCUGUUCCCCUGGACAGGACUCCCUCAGGAGGCUAGCUAUUGCACAUGCCAGGAAGGAGAAUGGCAAGAGUUACAAAGACCUCACUCAGAUUCUGCAGGAGAAGAUUGAGGAGCUUGAUGAUGCUAUGGCACGGUCUGAAGAACAAGUGGCUGCUGCUAAGGCUUGGCUGGAUGCAGAGCGUGUUUGGUUGGUACAUCGAGGAGGUUUCUGUGCCGCCCGUCAAUUGAGAGAAACGGACUCAGGAGAAUCACUGCCAGAGGGACGUGUUCGACUAAAAUUGGAACAUAAUGGUGACGUCAUUGAAGUUGAUGAGGAUGAUGUGGAAAAGGCAAACCCUCCUCCUUAUGAUCGAUGUGAAGAUCUUGCUCAGCUUCGUUACCUUAACGAAUCGUCAGUCCUUCACACUCUCCGUCAACGGUAUGGUUCUAAUCUUAUCCACACCUACGCGGGCGCCGCCAUGGUUGUGAUCAACCCAACCUCCCCCCUUGCCAUAUACUCGGAAAAGGUAAUUCAGAUGUUUAAAGGCUGUAAGCUGGAAGACAUGCCACCUCAUAUUUACUCGGCUGCUCAGGCCUCCUACCGUGAUCUUUUAGCUACUCGUAGAGACCAAAGUAUCGUUUUCCUUGGAAGAUCGGGGGCUGGCAAGACAACUAAUUUCCGGCAUGUUUUGCACUAUCUGGCUCUGGCAGCUGGGACCACUAAUAAAAUAUUGACAGUUGAAAAGCUGAAUGCCAUAUCAACCUUACUUGAAGCUUUUGGUAAUAGUCGGACUGUGAUGAACACAAAUGCCACUCGCUUCACACAGAUAUUCAGUUUAGAUUUCGACCAUUCAGGGCAGAUUGCAUCUGCUUCUGUGCAGGUGUACAUGCCAGAGAAGACACGUGUUGUUCGAAGACCUGAGGGAGAACCCAACUAUCACAUUUUCUACCAGCUGCUGUCUGGCGCUGACAAUGACUUACGGAGAACAUUAGGCCUUGACAAACUAUCAGAACCCAACCUUUUUAUGACUCCACUUCAGAGGAGUGAAGACAGACAAAAAGCUGGUAUUGCAUGGGCCCGAAUAAGAGCUGCUUUAGAUGUUCUUGGGGUGUCUUCUGAUGAGCAGCAUGCUAUCUGGAGUGUCUUAGCUGCUAUCUACCACUUAGGCACAGCAGGGGCAGUCAAAGCAUCAACAAAUAAUAAAUUCCAGUUUAACAAACCCGGUAGUGCCCAGCGUGCAGCAACUCUUCUUGGGACAUCAGUUGAAGAAUUAGCACGCUCUAUUUUUUAUGCAAAUCCAACCACUCCAUCAACAAGGGCUUCAUUCAGGACAGCAUCACCCACAGAACGACCAGCAGAGCGUCCAGAAGGCUUGGAAGCUUUGGAGGGCAUGGCAGCUGGGCUCUAUAGUGAAGCAUUUAAUGCAAUAGUCGCCCUUAUUAAUAGGUGUAUAUCAACAUCUGCUCACACGUCCAAUUCGAUUUUGGUAGUUGAUGCCCCAGGCUUUCAAAAUCCAGCAUCUUGUGGAAGAACCUCAGGAGCCACAUUUCAGGAUCUAUGUCACAAUUACACUCAGGAACGCUUUCAGAUGCUCUUUCAUGAUACUACUUUCACUGCACAAACUGACCGUUACGCUCAGGAAAACAUUGAGUUUGGUGAUGUCGCAGAUGAAAUUGGUACUCCUGCUCCUUUGAUUGCUCUCAUUGAUAAGGCUUCAACUAAUUGUGUUGUACGAACAUCACAAAUAGAUCUAAAAGAAGCUGACCGACGAGGCCUUCUAUGGUUGUUAGAUGAAGAGGCAAUUUUCCCUGGUGCAUCAGAUCAGUCAUUUUUAGAAAGGUUAUAUGCACAUUAUGGUGAUAGAGAGUACUCACAGCUUUUGAAGAAAGGUCAGGCUCCAGAUCAGUUUAUCCUUCAGCAUUUUCAGGGUACAAACCCUGUGACUUAUUCCAUUCAUAAUUGGUUAAAAGCCUCAAGGGAAAACCCUAUUAUGAGACAGGCUGCAGCUCUUCUUCAGGAGUCUAACAAAGAAACACUAAGCAGAUUAUUUGUAUUUAGUCGAGGGCCAGUAAGCAACACCAUAAGUGGUUCAGUUGUUGGCAUUGAAGGAUCACAGUCAUUGCGCAGAGCAUCUUCAAUUAGAAGAGCCUUUACAACUGGUACCGCUGGAAUCAAACGGAAGAGCGUAUGUCUACAAGUUAAAUUUACUGUGGAUGGUAUAAUUGAAACAUUGAGGAGAAGUAAGCUAAGAUUUGUGCAUUGCUUGUUACCGCAGCACAAUGCUGGUCUGUGUGAUCUUAAGAGUUCCCUUCAUUUAACAAAUAAGGCAAAUAAUUCUUGUGAAGAUAUACUUCUCAAUGUCCCAUUAGUUCGCUCUCAGUUAAGGGGUUGCCAAAUCUUGGAUGCACUUAGACUCCAUAAACAAGGCUUUCCAGAACAUCUGCAGUAUAGUGAAUUUCGACGUCGUUUUGCUGUCUUAGCACCAGCUGAAGCGCGCGCCCAAGCUCCUGUGCUGGACGAGAGAGCAGCCGUUGAGGCUAUUCUCGCUCACCUGGAUCUGGAUUCCUCUUCGUAUCGCCUUGGCUUGUCUCAGAUCUUCUUCCGAACGGGCGCCAUCAGCCGAUUGGAGGAGCAGCGAGAUUUGGUCCUCGCCGAUCAGAUUACUCACUUCCAAGCACACUGCCGCGGCUACUUGGCCAGGAAGAGACUCGAGAAGAGAAAGGUACAAGAAACGGCUAUACGCUGUAUCCAAAAGAAUGUCCGUAAGUUCAUGGGAGUACGAGACUGGCCUUGGUGGAGGUUGCUUGUCCGUGUCACGCCCCUCCUCAACGUACACAGAACAGAAGAAGAACUCAGGGCAACAAAGGAUGAACUGGAAAUCCUUCGAGCUCGCUUGGAUAAGGUGGAAAAGGAGCGUGGACAUCUCAAGCACGAGAAUGACAAAUUGGAGGCGAGGCUGUCUGAAGUGACAGCUGAUCUUUCAGAAGAGCAUACAACAGCACACCUUGCAGGGGAGAGGCUGGAAGCAGAGCAAGCUGAAAGGAUGAAACUAGAAAAGGAAAUUGACCGAUUACAGACUGACGUGAAACGUAUGACAACGGCAAAUGGCAAAUUAGAGAUGGAAAAGCUUGUUCUCCGGUCUGAAGUUCUAUCAGCAGCUGAGCUCAAUGGUGAUAUGGAUGAUGAUGAAGCUGCAGAUGCAUCUUUAUAUAAACGAAAAUAUGAGUGGUGCUUAAGGGAAAUAGAACUUCUGAAAAAGCAGUCAAAGCAGCAGCAGGAAGAUGAUCUAGAUCAACUUCUCCUCCUUAAAAAGCAGCUGGAGAAGAAGGUGGGAGAUGCGUAUGAAGAAACAGAUGAACAGCGACAGGUGGUAGCUCAGCUUAAACGCAAAUGUCAGCGACUCCAGGCAGAAAUGAAUGAUUUAAAGAUCUUAUUGGAAGAGCAGACUUCCCGAAACAACCUACUGGAAAAAAAACAAAGAAAGUUUGACCAGGAAGUGAUGUCUGUUCAAGAAGAGCUGAGGCAUGAGAGGGGCAACAAAGACAAGAUUCAAAGGGAACGGGACCAGAUUCUUUCCGAGAAAUACUCAUUCGAGCAAGAAGUAACGACAUUGAAACUAGAAUUGGAGCUUAAAGAAGAGAAAGUCGCUGCCCUAAAUCGAGAACUGGAUGAUCUUACUUCUUCUGGAAAGGUGGAGGAAGAAGUAGCCACCUUGAAAAAGGCAAAGCAUGACUUGGAAUUGCGCAUUAAGGAUCAGGAGGAAGAACUUGAUGACUUAGCUGGGCAAGUACAGAUGCUGGAAGGAGCCAAGGUUCGUUUAGAGAUGAGCAUGGAACAGAUGAGGAAAGAGAAUCGCAGAGAAAUAUCGCAGCGUGAAGAAGAAUUAGAGGAAAUCCGAUUGUCAGCUCAAAAGAAAGUAAAAAGUUUAGAGGCACAGCUUGAGAAUGAACAUGAAGAGCGAACUCUCUUAGUUCGUGAAAAACACGAAUUGGAACGUCGUAUAACUGAUCUGCAAGACAGAACUAUCACACAUGUGGAUGAAGAUUAUGUUCAUAAAUUAAAAAAAGAACUCAAAAAAACUAAAGCCCUCCUCCGUGAUACUCAGACCAUGUUGGAAAAAGCCCAGUCCGAAGGCAGUCAUAAGCUGAUAUUGAGGCAGUUGAAGACACAACUUGAAGAUGCUGAAUUUGCUAAAACUGCAGCUCUUAAGGCUCGUCAGUGUGCUGAAUCAGAUUUAGCAGAUGUAUCUAGUCAGCUUGAUGAAGCAUUAAGGGCCAAGAAAGAAUCUGAGGACAAGUGUGCCCGAGUCAAUAAGGAAAAAGCUGAAAUCCAAACCCAGAUUGAGGAGAGUGAAGAAGAAUUAGCUGAAGUUAUGAAGAAAUACAAGGCCGUUGUAUCUCAGCUUUCAGUUGACCAAAUUACGUUAUCAGAACAGUCACAGCAGAUAGCAGAAUUGGAGCACAGUAAACAGGUACUUCAAGAAAGAAUGAUGGAGUUGAGCAGCAAAGUAGAAGUUUUAGAAGGAGAAACUGCUAACAUUCAUACACAGCGUCGCUUGGAAAUGAAAAUAAAGGAAAUUGAGUCUAAGUUAGAACUUGAGUUAACAACUAGGCAAAGGCUUGAGAGUCAAAUUGGCAGGUUGAAAGACCAGAUCGAGCGGCUCUCUGGUGAAUGUGAUGCAGCAAAAAUGAAAGAAUCCCAGGCUUUGGACCAAAGCAAGAGACUAACCCGGCAGUUGAGGGAUGCAAAGGAAGACCUUUCAAAUAUGCAACAGCGCUAUACUGAAGCAGUGAAUAAAAAGUCAGAGCUGGAAAAGCAGUUAGAACUUUCAGAUGCAGAAGUAGCCACACUGAAAAGUGACCUUAAAUUGGCUUUCAAAAGAAUUGAAGAUCUCCAGCAGGCUAUUCAAGGUGAUAUAUCUGACUCUGACUCAGAACUCUCUGACAGUGACAGCGACAGUGAUGGCAGCUUGAGCUCUUAUUUGACUGCAUCCUUGAAGCAUCAACGAUCAUCUUCUAAUUCAACUCUCCGCACUCCUCCCUCAGAAGUGCACCAGCUUGAAAGACUAGAACUUCCUAACUCGCCUUGCAGUGAAGCUAUGUCUGCAAUUAGUGAAGAUCUUGAUGACACCUCUAACAAGGAAUCUUUUGCGUGAUAGUUUGUACUUAGCAUAGCUGCGGGUUUGCUUUAAUAUUAAGAAAAGAUUUUAUUGUGUGGAGUAAAUAUUAUUAUUAUUAUUAUUAUUAUUAUUAUUAUUAUUAUUAUUAUUAAUUGAUGCUGUAAUUAUGCUACAUAUGAGAGCCGAUUUGAGAGUGAUCCAGUGAUUGAUGGUGAUUUUAUUGCCUGGAGAAUAGUUAAAGCUUUAAAUAAAUUGUAUAUAUGUACAGUAAUUGAAGUGUUUCAUCAAAGUGUCCUAUGAAUGGUGCUUAUAUGAAAAAAAAAAAGUCUUCAAAAUGUUUUAUUAGAUCUUUCUUUUAUAUAAUACAUUUAUAUGUACAGUAUACAGUGAAUGUACUGUAUUUGUCUUGCUAAACAGUGACAUUCCCAAUGUGUUCUUGACACUUUCCAGGACUCUAUUAGUGUAUUCCUUAUAUUCUGAAAAGCAGGUGACCUCGAGUUGGAAUUAACAUACCUGUUUAACUGUACUUACAGUGCUAUAUAUAUACUAUGUAUAAUGUUCUUAAUUUUUUUUGCAUGAUAAUUUAUCGUGAUAGUUUGACAAUAUUUACAAAUUGAAAGCAACUUGAGGCUAGGGUUUUGCAUAAUGUAAUACUAACAGUAAUCAGAAAGAAUUGUUGGUUUCAUAACUUUGGAAAGAUUUAAUUUGCAUAAUAGAUUGGUAUGUAUAUUUUCAAUAAAAUUUUUUCUUCACAUUUUAUAAACAUGCAUCACAGUCAUGAACAGCACGUUAUUGGAUCACCUGCUUUCCUUCAGGUAUUAUGUGUGUGUGUAUGUUACAAAUUCACAGUUCCUAUGUUCACAUUUCAGUCCUUGAUUUUGUUUUUCCAAUAACACCUUAUCUUUGGGAGGUAUUUAUAGUAGGAGAUUUAAAAUAUGCACGAGGAAUCUGAUUAAAUUUUUAUUAUUAUUUUAUUUUAUGAAGCAAAUGCUUGAAAAAUAGUUUGAUCUAAACAUUUGUCUUUCACCCAAGGAAAAGGGUAGUAUUCUAGGUAUUUGAAGGUUCUGGAACUUUCCAUUGAUUGAGUGUUAUUUUGUAACAUUUGGAAGCUCUUACAUGUACUUUGGAGAGGAUGAUUACCUCUGGGUGUUAUCUGUGGUAUGACAUAGAUUGCAUAUUGUCCAUAACAGUAUGUAAGAAUGCCAGUCAGUAAGGACACUGCAUCAUGUUGCCACAGUUACCUCUUAUUGUUUGCUUCCCAGAUCUUCUGCCAUGGAAGAGUGGAGAUAGCCCAACUUUUUUUCUCAUUAUGCCUUACCAGAGGUGAUGACUGUUGCUCAAAUUUUAACUUGAACUUUAAUAAGCUUGUGGAUGUACUAAGUUUUCUUUGUAAUCUUUUUGAAGAUACUUUUGCUUUAGCACUGUUAGCAUUUUGCAAGAAAAUUAUGCUUUUUUAUAUUAUUUAUAUUUAGAUAACAUAAUAAGCUUUUUAUACAGUAGCAUAUAAAUAAGAGAGUUAUUAGUAGAACAGUGCAUUCAUUUAGCCUACUUUUAGUGGAUUUCCACUUACAUUUAGUAAAUAUCAUCAUCCCUGGUGUGUUUCUAGGAACUGUUUUUUUGUAUCAAUUUUCAUCCAUUUGUGUUAUUUAUUUAUGUUUUGAUCUAAAUAUUCUGUAGAUUCUCUUCUCAUCAUUAGCUAACCUCAUCAAAGCUAUUCAUUUCCAGAUAUAUUCACAUGAAUCCUAAAAGAGGAUGGUUUGUAAUGAUUUGUACGAAUUUUACAUUAUAGAUAUGUACAGUUAAAAUAAGACUAACAAAAAUA